AUGGAGAAUUUGGCUCACGGCGAGGCUCACACAGGGCGGCCCCCGCGCCAGCGCGGCCCGUCUGAACGAGGACCAGCUCUGCCCCUCGAGACCCGCCCCCUCCGCCCCGGUUCUCCCGCUCCACUCGCCCAGGGGUCGGAGGCUGGGGGCCCCGAAGCGCCCGGGGUAUGCGCCGGCUCAGAACGCAAAGGCGGACCCGGCCGGAUGCACGCCGGGGUGCGGACGGGGCCCCAUGGAUACGGGCAGGGGCUCGGCCAGCCCGUGCUCACCGUCGAUGUUCUCCCGAUCGCUGAUGUGCUGCAGGUUGCAGCCCGUGUCCUCGCGGCUCAGGUCCGUGUCGGCUUCGGGCUGGACGACACGCAGCACGAGGUAGUGUUCCCCAUCUUCGGGGGCCCCCCGGCUCCUGCUGCGCUCGCCUUGCUGCGAGUUCCCGGGCGCGGGGCGCGGGCGGCGGGGGCGUGGAGGGGAGGCCCGCCCGCCGGCCGCCGCGAAAGGGGGCGGAAGCCGCGGCCGACCCCGGGUCAGCAGCGGCGGCGGCGGCGGCGCGGCCUCGCCAUGGGCGGCGGCGGCCCCGGCUUCCCCUCGGCCUCCCCGCGCGCCCGCCCCGGUCCCGGCGGGCCCGUCCGCGACGGAGGAGCGCCCGCGUCCGCGCGACUGAGCCACCGAGCCUGGCUCACCCCGCCGCGGCCAUGGCGAGCGGCGCCGCGCUUCCCGGCCGGCGCCCGGGUCCUCGGCGGCGGCGGCAGGCUAGGCAAGAGGUUCCGGUUCAAGCAGAGGGACGCGAGUCCGCGCGGCGUAGCGGGCGGCGCGGCCCCGGAGUCGCGCGCUGCGGGGAGGACCGGCGAGAAGAGGCGCGGCCGCGAGGAGGCUCCGCCGCCCCGCCCAUCUGCCCUGGAAGCAGAUGCACAGCGGGCGGCGGAGGGAGGGCCGGGCGAGGCCGCGCGGCUCUGGGGCGUUGGAGCUUCGGCCGCGGGGCUGCGAGCGGCGCGCCGCGACCCUUCCUGCCCGGGGCUCCGCGUACUCGGCCUCCGGGCCCCGCCGGGGCUGCGAGCUGCGUGUGGCGUCUGGCGGGGUCCCCGGGGCCAAGGAGGCUGGGACGGGACGCGGGGCGCCGAGGCUGCGCCCGUCACUACGGGUGGGAAGGGAGGGACCUGUCUUUCUCUUUUUCUUUUUCUUUUUCUUUUUCUUUGUUUUGUUUUUACGCUCUUGAAAGGAGGCGGGACUUUGAUUCGGGAGCUCUCUCUGGGCUCGCCUGAGGACUCGAUGGUGACCUUGUCUUCAGCCCCGGAAGAAAUCUCAAGGAUUCCUGGGCUAUUUUAAUGUCGAAUUAGCCGCCGAGUAUUUUGAGUUCCUUGGAGGUGGAAGUGCGGUCGAAACGGCUAACCCAACUCGCGCUUCCCUGGCCUACUUUGAAGAGCCGUCGGGUUUGGUCGUGCUCGGCACACGGUCCGAGCUGAGGUCGGGACGAAAAUGAAGGCGCGUGAAGGCCCCUGGCUCCCGGGAGACUCUCAGUGAAUGGCUAGUUCCGGUCCUUUUCCACCGCCCCAGGCCGACCCAACUUCUGGCCUGUCUUGGGGAGAGUAUAACGUGGCAGAAAUAACCCCCGCACUUUUCCAGAUAAUCGAAAGAGAAGUCAGGAGAAGACCCGGAGGGAAAAAGUGAUUUUGAACAGUAAAAGACGUGGUACACCUCUCCCAGCUUUAUACGUGAGGAAGCUGAGGUCCAGCAAGAUAAAGUGCCUGGAUUGCCCAAGUUCUCAGUGCUAGUUAGUGACAGACGCAGGUAUGGGGACAUUUAUCUGCAGUCAGCAAUGUGCGGAUGUCUUGACAGAGGCUUUAUCAACAUUAACUUUGUCCAUUUCUUGGCAUUUAGCCUUUGUUAAAACCUGUAGUGCCCCUCAGUCUUGCAGUAAUGUCUACACAUUUAUGAGUUCCUACUCAGGAAAUCUCCAUGCUCUGAACUGCAUUAAUGCCAUUUGUUGGGAUAAGUGGCAGAUGUCCUUGUAAAAUGAAUGGCAGCAAAGUGCUGAUGCUGGCAAGAUGAGAAAGAAAACAUACAAGGGAAGUUCUGGAGAAUGGCAGCCCUGAAGAGGGAGGAGAGGCUACUGCAUAAUGGACAAAUGCCAGAGAGGCUGCUAAUAUCCUAAGUGCACAGGACAGCCCCCCACAGAAACUGAACAGCCCAAGAUGGCAGUAGUGCUAAGUUUAAGAGACCCUGUCUAAAUGUGCCAGUUAUUCACUUCAGAUAUGUCAUUCAUUCUUUCCAUCAGAAUAUAGAUCCCUAUACUUUUCAUAGCAUCUGAAAGAAUAUAACUGCAAUUAUAGUCUAUCAAGAAUUCAUUUUCUCCUGUAGAUUCCCACUGAAAACUAAAAGAAAAAAAGAAACAGUUUUCAAAGGAAAAUACGUUAAUUUCAAAACACUUAAGAUUAACUUUUCUACUGCAGGACUUUUACACAAUCAUUCUGGCUCCAAUUUUCCCAAAUCACUCUAGAAAUAUAUAUAUAUGGGCCUGAAAAUCUGCCCAGUUGCAGAUAAGCAGGCCUACACCAAUUUUUUUUCCCUCAGUAAGAGCUUAGAAGGCAGAAAGUCUUUGAGGAUGUAGUUGAGGUGAUACGCAAGGCACAGAAAUGGAAUAAACCACUGGAUUCAUUCCAUCUAGAGUCAAAAGUAAUGACAUUUUCAUCAUUUUAGCUCUCAUUCAGAAUUUUAUUAAUAUUUUCCCCCUUCUGUGGACUGCUGGGAUCUCCUUUGAUUAUUUGAUUAUAUUAUAUAUAAAAUUUAGUAACUUCCCUUUCUUUCUAUAGCAUUUUAAGUAUUUUCCAAUCCCAGUUAACAUUUUUUAAAACCAUAAUGACUGUAAAAUAUAUCAUGCACCAUAAUUUAUUCAGUAUUUUCCAAUUUUUGGACAUUUCAUUUGUUUCUUUUAAGUACAAUAAAAAAGUUCUGAGGUGAGCAUUUUUUUAUCAUGAUCUUUUCCUGCAUCUGCUUAUUUCCAUAAAAGGAAUUAUUAAAGUUAGAAUUUCUGAAUCAUUUUGCCCAGAUAGGAACAUUUUAACAUCUCUUGAUAGUGUUGCCAUAUAAUAAUAUAGAGAGUUAAUACCAUUUUAUACAAGUAAUUGUUUCCUUAUUGAUAACUGCGAAGUCAGAGAGGAGCUUCUAGCCAAUCUGUGAUCUAUAAUUGAAUGGGUUUCCAUUGCCUCUAACAACAUUUCAUAUUAAACUCUAUCACAGCGUUUAUCAGUAUGUACUAUAUUUUACCCACAUUUCUCCAAGUAAACUCUGAAGUGGAAAGCAGGCUUACUCUUCGUAGCCCUGAGAACUGUAAUGCCCAAGACUCCACCUCUGAGGAUAGGAACACCUAACAGCUUGCAUCAAGGCACUUUCCUAGAAAUCUCCAGAAGUAGGUAUUGUCUUGAUCUCAGUUUCCCUAUGAUGGACCAGAGUAAAGUUUUUUAUCUAACAAAGGGGAGCUGCCUACAAUUCAUUGUCUUAAUCUAAAUCCAGUCCUGUCAACUCUUCAGCUGUGGUUUUUUCCAAAUUUCUUCAGUGUGUCCUGUAGCAUUUUUUUUUUUUAAGUUUAAAAUCCGUUUAAUGCUCACAAACUGCAGUCCCAGGCCAUCUUUAUCCUCUGCUUUGGAAGAAGCCAGCAAGCAAGCAAGCCAGUAAACUCUCAGGUUCAGACAUACCCUCUGUUACCCAGGUAAUCACCCAUUGAUAUGGAGAUAAACUUCUCUCCACCCCUGAGGAAUAAUGCAAAUGCACUUAAGCCAUACUUCUUUCCACCUCUGAAUGCCUAUUUAUAUGCAGAUGUCCUAAAGCCAGGUGAGAUAUUCUGGAAAUGUUACAAUUUUACCCACAGGCCACCCCUCCAGAAAUCUCACCUUACAAUUUACUUGUUCCCCUUCUUCCGCAAUCUAAUAACUUACAAUAGCAACAGCAAUAAAAUCUUGAUAAUCCACAAGCCAGAGGAUUCAGCCUAUGCAGAUUAAGUAAAUGUACUUUACAGCACAGUCUCUCACUAAGCACAAAAUAUGUUUCUAUACUUGUUUACUCAUUCCUAACAACCCUGCUAGAUUGCUCACCAAUCUUUUACCAAACAUUAGACAGUCAGGCCUCUCUUUAAGCAUUUUUUUCUUGACAACAGCAACACAAUAAUUCUCAAGCCAGAGGAUUCAGCUAGGUUCAAGGUCCCAUGCAGAUUAAGUCCAAAGCUCGUCCAUUCCUGCCAUCAUGCAGCACCUGCAUCCAGGACACAAGGACUGUAGAAGCAAAUAACCGUGAUUUUGGGGGGGCCACUUUGCUGUUACUCCAGGAAUACCCAGAAGACCAGCUUCCAGGCCUUUUCCCCAAGGUGCCAGAAGAGCCAGCCAUCGCCAAUCCAUGUGUUGAAAUGUCCAACGCCAUGUCCAUUUUAUUCCUAAUUGCUGCACCCAUCCUUGCAACACAUGUCCAAGAAAGUGGGUGCUUUGAUUGCUCUUUCCUGUAGCAUUUCUGUUUUUCCCUUUGCCCAGCAGGUGCACUGAUGGUUAACAAUACCUGCAAUGUUGCUUCCCAGUAGUACUCCUUAACUCCAAGACACUCGAGCCUGAGAAGUGACUACAUGAAUUUACAAAUCUCAUAGAAACUUCUUCCUGUUGCUUAGUUAUUAUCCUUCUACGUUUCCUGGAGACUUUACCUUGGCACAGUAUAUGAUGAUAACUUUUAAUGAACGUUGAAAGGUCACUAUGAUAAACACCAAGAACUAUGAUAUAAAGAUCUCUAUCUUCUGCCUUUACCCCAGCUCCAUUUUUAUCCCUUUUAGCAUCAGCCCCAAGGACUGGGGCUGUCUUUUUGAAAAUGAGGUCAGUCCCAGAAUAUCUGAAUAGCUCUUCAUGGUACUGGGCUGGGAAGAGGCUAGUCAAAGCAGACACCUCCAUCACCAGUGUGGCCUGAGGAUGCAGAGACCACUUUUGCUUGGUAAUAACAUCCUCAUUGCCUAACAGGUUGCCUGGAAUUCCCAGCUGGCCUCACUUGGGAAAAAGGUCUUAAAAUUUCAUUUGUCUCUGAUAAGUAAAAUUUUGAAUAUUCACACUAUAAAAUGUUGCUGUUCUCCAAUAACGCAGCACCAGUUAAUCUGUCCAGUGAGCCAGAAGGUCACCCGCCCAGGCACUAAAGGAUGGUAUAGCACAGGGCAGCGCCUUCACUCAGGAAACCCCGAGGGGCUAGAAAAAAAGGAACCAGGAGAGAACAAAACCCACUCCUGGUGGAACCCAGCCACGAGCCCAUGGGGCACUCAGAGGAAACCCCGGGGCAAGGAAUCAGGUGAAAAACAGUAAAGUCAGUGUAGAGAAGACAGGACCUAAAACCUAAAAUCCCCCACCAUCUUAACUUCACAACUUUGCUUUGAGAAACUUCUCUGCACAAAGUGCUGAAGAGAAGAGAGGAGCAGAGUUAGGCACCUGUCUUCCACAUCCUAAAGGUACACAUGGUAAUUCAGUGGAUUGGAUAGACAAAGGAAAAGACUUCUCAGGACAAAAACACUUCUACCAUUGCUAACAAGUGUCUCUACUCACAAAUCUGUAACCAAUUUAAAAAAUACUUGAAAAGAAUAUUCAGAGUUGUUAUUUGGGAAAAAUAUGCAAAAAAAAUUGCCAUUUAGUUUAUAAUAGUGAAAAAUGGAAUGUAAACUAAAUGUCUACAAAAUGAUGACUAUUUAAGGAAGUUCUGCUACAUACAAUAGAAUUUUCCAGAGUCAGAAAAAUAAAGAUAUAUACACAUCUGUACUUAUGGAAAGCCAUGAAAUACUGUCAAGAGAAAAGCAGAUUAUAUAACUGAAUGUAUCAUUUGAUCCUAUUUACAAAAUAUUGUAUAUCCUUUUGAACCUACACACAAAUCUGUCUUUGGGGGUAUUCACAAAUAGUCUGUUAACAAUGAUAACCAUU